GAUUUCCCAAUCUAACCGCUCAACUUUCAACAUAAUUACCCUAAACGCCAUAACGCCCUCUCAACUCAACACCCCUAAUGGCGUCUAGGAGACUCGCAUUCAGCCUUGCGCAGGGCAUGCGCAGCCGUUCUGCUGCCAAUUCCCUUAUCCGACCAUUAAAGAGAGGUUUUGCAACUCCAGUGACGUCUGUCCUCGGCGCGAAGACUGAGACCACCACAUUGAAGAAUGGUUUGACAAUUGCGACAGAAUACUCGCCCUGGGCGCAGACUUCGACCGUGGGAGUGUGGAUCGAUGCUGGCUCAAGAGCCGAGACCGACGAGACAAAUGGAACCGCACAUUUCCUAGAGCAUCUCGCCUUCAAGGGCACCAAGAAGCGAAGCCAACAACAAAUCGAGAUCGAGAUCGAGAACAUGGGUGGCCACCUCAAUGCCUACACCUCGCGCGAGAACACUGUAUACUUCUCCAGAGCAUUCAAUUCCGAUAUUCCCCAAUGUGUCGACAUCCUCGCCGAUAUCCUUCAGAACUCAAAGCUCGACCAUUCUGCGAUCGAAAGAGAACGCGACGUCAUUCUUCGUGAAUCUGAGGAAGUCGAGAAGCAAUUGGACGAAGUUGUAUUCGACCAUCUUCAUGCUACUGCCUACGCACACCAGCCUUUGGGACGCACAAUUCUAGGACCGCGACAAAAUAUCCGCGACAUCACCCGCACCGAGCUCACUAAUUACAUCAAGACCAACUAUACAGCUGAUCGUAUGGUUCUGGCUGGUGCCGGUGGUAUCCCGCACGAACAGCUUGUCGCCCUAGCUGAGAAGAACUUCUCCAGUCUCCCUACUACGUCUCCUCACAACGAGGCCUACAUCCAGUCCAAGAAAACCCCCAACUUUAUUGGAUCUGAGGUUCGAAUCCGCGAUGACACGAUCCCUGCCGCCCACAUCGCUCUCGCGGUGGAGGGUGUUAGCUGGAACGAUGAUGACUACUUCACUGCCUUGGUUACCCAGGCUAUUGUCGGCAACUAUGACAAGGCUAUGGGCAGCGCCCCUCACCAGGGAAGCAAGCUAAGCUCAUUUGUUCACCACAACAACCUAGCCAACAGUUUUAUGAGCUUCUCUACUAGUUACAACGACACCGGUCUAUGGGGUAUCUACCUAGUCAGUGACUCACUCACCACCCUCGACGACUUAGUUCACUUCACUCUUCGAGAAUGGUCUCGACUUUCAACCAAUGUUACCGAGUCUGAAGUCGAGCGAGCAAAGGCACAGCUGAAGGCCUCCGUUCUCCUCUCCCUCGACAACACAUCGGCUAUCGCGGAAGACAUUGGUCGACAAAUCGUCACUACUGGUCGCCGAAGAAGCCCUCGUGAGAUUGAGACAGUGAUUGACCUCAUUACUGAGAAGGAUGUAAUGAACUUUGCCCAACGAAAAUUAUGGGACCAGGACCUUGCCAUCAGUGCGGUUGGCAGUAUCGAGGGACUACUAGACUACCAGAGAAUCCGAAAUGACAUGAGCCGAAACUUUUAAGUGGGCAGUGAUUGGGGGCCGGAUCGAAAAAAGGGGGGGACCCGGUCAUAGAGUGUAUCAGAUAAUCACGCACUUCGCUGUACCAUACCAUAAAGACUUUCUCAUCUGUUAGAUCCCCUCAAAGAGUCUAUAGAUGUGUUUUCUAUCGUGUGCUACUUGAUACUCGCUCGUUCAUACUGUAUAAUGUUGCCUGGGUGUUUACGCAAGUGAAUUUGACUAGCAGCACAAGUUCUGAGUGUGUCAGGUUUCUACGAGUGCUUUUGAGAUUAAUACAAUACUCUAACUGAAGUCCCGUACAG